AUGCCUCAGCAUAAAAAUCAACUAUCUGCCGUGGUUAAGGGUCGUGGUCAGGCAGGCUUUAGCGAGUACGAAGUAUUAAAAAUAUUUUGCGAUGUGUGCGAAUCAUUAGCAGAGUUGCAUUGCUGUCCAGCCCCAGUUAUCUAUCGGGACCUAAAAAUGGAAAAUGUGGUGCAAAACGAUAUGGGUCGCUUCAUUUUGGCAGAAUCGAAUGCAGCCACAACCCGUUUCCUUAACCCAGCCGCGCAUGGCAAGAAGGCUGUUGAAGAGGAAAUUCAAAAGAACACUACCCAAGGCUAUCGGGCACCGGAAAUGAUUGAUUUAAACUCAGGUCACAGCAUCACAACCAAGAGUGAUAUAUGGGCUUUGGGAUGUUUGCUGUAUCGACUCUGUUUUGGAUCGCUACCCUUCGGAGAAAGUUCCAAAGCCAUUGUAAACUGUCAGUAUAACAUUCCUGAAAAGUGCAAAUAUUCUUCAGAACUAUGUCAAUUAAUCCGUUUUAUGUUGGAGACAGACCCGGAAAAACGUCCUAGUAUCUAUCAAGUAUGUGAGGUAGCAUUUAAAAUUUCCGGGAAGGAUAACCCGCUUAGAAUCGCACUAGAGCGACAAAAAAUCAAUUCCGAUUACAAUAACGAACGAAAGCAUCACCAAACAGUACCAUCGACUGUUCCAAUUGUAUCGUCGAUUAGUGUUAGUACCAGUGUUGCACCGAGAUCUCGUCCCAAGGGUCAACAUUCUGGCACAGGAAGCGGUUUCAGUUUGGGUCCACCACCGCAAAGCUCAUCGCCAAAAAAUGUUGCGUCCCCGGUUCCGGAUGCAGACGGAAGACAGAGCUCGGAUAGGCAUAACGUUUCUAUCACUACUACAUUUGUAGCGAAUUUUAGUGGAAAUUUUCCAACAGCUACUUCUGCUAAACAAAUUGCUAAAAGCCCUGCGGGAUUGAGUAUGGAUCUGCAGCUUCAGACAGUCAUUGGAGACACUCAGCGCUGUGGCAACGAAGCUAGCUUCAGGUGA